UAACUCAAAACAUGUUCUACUUGGAGUCGUCUUAUUGUUUAUUAGAUCGAAAUGGAAAUUAGAUAGAUCAUAACUUUUUCAGCCUUUGAAGUCCUAUCUAUUAUUGAGAUUCAAAAAGAGAGAGACUAUACCAAAAAUAACCAGGUUAUUUGCAAAAUGGACAUCAUUCUACUUCUUGCAUAUAAAUCUUGCUUCUUCUCAGUGGUUGCAUUAUUGAAUUUUGAGAUUUCUACAGUACAUACAUAUGUAACACUGAAUGUCCAACCAGAAAUAGUACACAUACACCAGAAUAUAAACAUUACGUGCACAGUUCAUGGCAUAGACAAUAUUAAUGAUAAACUGACGAGACAGUGGUCUAAAGGGCCAGAUCUGAUCUGUUACAAUGGUCAUCCUAUUGAUUCUUCUAAGUACACAGAGACAUUGCCAUAUGGGAACCAAUUUAUACUGCAUAUUAGAAAUGUAACCGAGUCGGAUGUAAACUGCAAGUACCAAUGCCGGUACGGCUUCGAAGCACAGGCAAAGAGCAUACAAUCUUCGAAGGAUGACUUAGAAUAUCCUCCAGCAAAUGAGGUUAGAGCUAUUGUUCAUACAAACGAAACGGAUCGACGUUUAACUGUCAAUCUGCAUUUUAAGAAAAAAUUCCCAUUGCCAAGAUGUACUGCUUUAAUCAGGGGUUCAAGAUUUGUUUUCAAUAUAACAUCAUCUAAAAGCUUUGGAAACUAUUAUGAGGUAAUUUUGCACCACCAAUCUUCCGACAGACUACAGUGCAAUGAGAAAGUGAUAGUAAAAUGUAAAUUAAUACACGAGUACACCAUCCCAACAGAAGACCUCCGGGUAUGCUUAUUAAAAGAAAAUUCAUCCAAAAAAUUAGGAUUUAUAUUACUCGGUACUUUUAUGCCAACAACACUGCUGAUGAUAUUUAUUUUAUUUUUGAUAAUCUCGAAACUAAAGAAAACAUCACAUGAAGAUGACCACGAAUUGGAGAUUACAGAUUGCCAUCAACUGAGACUGUCCUGUUUUCUAACGAAGGAAAGAGGAAGCAACUGGAACAGCAGCAUGAGGUCUAGCACAACCAGCAACCCUCCCGAUAAAUCAGAUCAAACGGAAGCAUGCCUUAAUAGUGAGAAAAAUGGAGAAAGCGAAAGUAAUACGAAAUCAGAAAUCACUGAAAAUUUUCUAAUAGGGACUUCAGAGUAUCAAGAGGAAUCAGGAGAUAACGCUGAAUGGAGUUUCAGUAAACAGUUAGAAGGAACUUGACAUUUUGUGUUAAUUGUCCUUUGUUGCCAAAUGCUUUUCUGUAAUAAUGUACAACUUCUAAAUGAUAAAAAAGAAAUCAGGGGAAGGAGAUCUCAAAACAGAAACAAACAAAAAGAUACGAAUCCAAGAAAAACACGAGGACCAAUAAAAAUUCCAUAACGGUCAACCACCGAGUAAUGAUGGCAUCCGUAAAACUUUUGUACACAUGACAUUAAUUUUGCCAUCAGGAGAUAUUGGCUCAGUUUCUACAAAUUGGACGAUGAAAACCAGAAAAAAAAACUAAAAAAGCUUUUGCGGAAUAAAUUGGUUUUUUUCCCAUGGUCAUGAUUUGUUUGAGGUGAUUUGUUAUAUUUGUCCGUCCUAUUUGUUAUGGUUGAUAUAAUAAAACGCACAAAGGACAAAUAACAUUGCCAAAGAUAUUGCAUAGUACUUAAUUUUGUCUAGGUUUAGUUAUUUUCAUGUAAGUGUUUUGUUCCCUUUGUUUUGAAUAAUUGAUAAAUAUAUAUUGUACGAUUCUGGCAUUGUGCCUUUUUGUUUUUCAAUGUAUGUGUUUUUACACAGGUAACAGUCUAUUGUUGUCUCUUUGACAUAUUUCCCUUUUCCAUUCUAUAUUCUAUAAUCUAUCAUUUGUCACGAAAAACGUGUUUAUAUAUAUAUAUAUAUAUAUAUUAUCAAAAUAAUUAUUUCUGUGACUGCAUUUUAUGAUCCUCUACGAUAGGUAAUUUAGCUAAUCUGCAAUCAAUUCCAUCUUCAUGCCUAAUAUAUCAUGUACUGUGUUACAACUCUAGAUUCUACUGACGGGGAAAGGUAACACUAGGCCACCGAAAGCUGAAUUUUUAAUUUAGUCUAGGUGGCCGAGUGGUCUAGAGCGCUGGACACUGUGCAGGCGGUGUUGUCUCGAUAUCUCAAUAGCAUGAGUCCGAAUCCCGGCGAGAGAAGAACACAUAUUUACUUUCGCAAAUUUGCAGAUUUAACAUAGUUGUGCUGAUAUUUAGAGUAAUCAUAUGUAUCAAAUUUUCACAGUUGGUUAAGUUUCAGAACAUUUACUUUCUGAUUGUUUAUUAAUUUGGUGAUGUUUAAUGGUUUGAUAAGAGUCGAUUUCCAAUUACCAAUCCCACUAUUUUGCGAUGAUUAAUCAUUUGAUAAACCUAUCAACGUAUUGUUUUAGAAGUAACUCGGCUAAUGUUGCAUGUGGACCAUGUUCUGCUAAUCCUUCCAGAACAGCUGCGAUUACCACUGUUUUUGGUGGGGUUCGUGUUGCUCAGUCUUUAGUUAUCUAUGUGGUUUUUUGUGUACUGUUGUUUGUUUUUUCAGCGUAAUUGCCGUGGCAUUGUGAGUUUGAUUAUUCCUUAGUUUUUUUUACACCUCUCGCUUUCUAAAGAAUAUGUAAUAUUCAAGUUAUUUUUUAUAAAGUGUCAUAAUCGUUGCGUUGCAACUCAUGAUUUUUCUAUUUUUUAUUUUGUAUUGAUAUUUACAUAUGUUAAUUUGUUUUGUAAACAUGUAUUUGUAUACAUCUUGUUGUUUGCAAAUACUGUUUCUAGAGUUCUUGUAACAGAAUCAUUGGUAUUUAGUGAUUGUUAAUUUAUAUCAUCUUUCAUAUGGCAUGUGUAGAAAGACUAAUAUUUAUUCAUGUAUAACCUCACAGAAUAUAAUGUACUAAAUAACAGUAUAAUGUACGGACUGAGACUGCGUCAUGGUAUAAGUGGAAUAGAUCAUUCAGUUAUAGGGCAAAUUCAUGAAUUACGAAUAUUUGUUUUUCCUUUUACCCUUUAAAUUUGGUUUUUAAUUAAGGAUAUUAUACAAUUGAUGAACUAAGGCUGUAUCCAAAAAUGCUUUAAGAUUUAGGGUUAGUCUUCUAGAUAUCAUGGGAUUUCAUUGGAUUUAGAAAAAAACGCCCACUAUUUAUUGGCAUAUAUAAAAAAAAAAAAAAAAAUAUACGGAGGAACACUAUUUAUUUAUAUUUUUGCUAAUAAUUGUGAUACACUUCAUAAGUUUCUGUCAUUCAUUACGGUAGAACAUUAAUGUUGAAUUAAAAGCAUUCAUAUGUGACUCUCGUUUCUUGCAUAUUUAACACACGUUUUAUAUCAUCUAUUGAUACACUUUAUAAUUAUUCAAAUUACAUUCACAUAUUGUGUCAAAUAUUAUUAUAUUGAUUAUAUUUGCUUUAAUUAUCUUUAU